AUGGCUGAUGACUUAGUGGGUUUGACAAAGAAGUUUCAUAAAGUGGUAAAAACUUUCUCUCAUGAGGAUCUCCUCAAGAUCACAGAAUAUUACAAGCCCUACCUGACCUACGUGAUUGAAUAUGACAUCACAAGUAUCCUGCAGAACCUGGUCACCAAGAACAUCCUCACUAAUGAUGAAGCCAAGAGAUUCAAAGCCAAAGAAAAAUUUGAGGGGCGAACAGAUGUGGAAUCCUUCAUCGGUGACAUAAUGAAGAUGGACAAAGCAAUACUGGUGAGCCUGUGGGAGGCAUUGGCUGAAGAACUUGUGAGAUUUCCAUCACCAAACAUGACAAAUAUACUGAAGGAGGUGACAGAAGCCGGAGUAGAACUCUUGAAGGUCAUUCAGGCAAGUCUCCAGCCAUUUCCCAUUGAUACUCAUACUAAAGGCCUCCAUGAGACACACAGAGCAGAUGUGUAUAAAUCCACAACAAUUCUGGAGGAUCAGGGUUCUCCUUGUGGUCCACGCACCAGUGCUGUUGGCUUUGAGACUCGAUACACAGAGCUGAUGGUCAUUGGUCAGUACAAAAGGACCUACAAUGAGACUCACCAUGAACUUGUGAAGAUGGGGAAGACUCAUGCAGAGCUGGUGGAGGAGCGGACAAAGGAAAAAUGUGAGCGAAUCUGGAAUGAACAGCUUUUUAGGAGGAGUCCAGGCAGUGAGACUGCUCCACACAUAAUAGUGGUCAGUGGAGUGGCUGGAAUUGGGAAGACCACCAUGGUCCAGAAGAUCAUGUUUGACUGGGCCAGAGGCACUCAGUACCAGAGGUUUGCAUUUGUUUUCUUGUUUAAAUUCAGGGAGCUCAACCUCCUAGACACAGAGACAGAGCCACAGAUGACUCUAACUAGACUGAUUAUAAGGCACUAUAAAUACCUCAAUGACCCAAGACUAAGGAAAAUCCUACAGAAACCUGAAUCUGUCCUCUUUAUAUUUGAUGGACUAGAUGAGUACAAACACAGACUGGACCUAACACCCAGGAAGCUCCCCUCAGGCCCAGAUGAGAGCUUUCCUGUCCACAUCUUGGUCUCCAACCUGGCCAGAAGGUCAUUGCUGAAGGGCUGUACAGUUUUAAUCACAAGCAGGCCAACAGCCUUGAAGACCCUAGACAUGGAAAGAGUUGAUCGAUUUGCAGAGAUCCUGGGUUUUUUCCCUGAGCAAAGGCUGAUGUACUUUAAGAAGUUUUUCGGUGAUGCUGAUCGGGGCACUGAGGCUUUUCAGUAUGUUGAGGAGAACGCCAUCCUGUACACCAUGUGCUUCAACCCCUCUUACUGCUGGAUUAUCUGCUCUGUGCUGAAGAGUCACUUCACAACAUAUGAUGAAGAGCGAGAAGCUGUCCCUAAGACUGUCACCGACCUUUUUGUGAUGUUUCUUCACAACAUUUUAACCAAUCAUAGGCGAGAAGCCAAAGACCACCAUGGAAUUCUGGUCAAAUUGGGAAAGAUGGCUUAUUAUGGGGUAGCCAACAAGAGUCUUGUGUUUUAUGACAAGUUUGAGAUGUCCACCUUUGGUCUCCAGACAGUCGUCUUGUCCACUCCAUUUCUUUCAGGGUUCCUCAAAGAAAUCCUUCAGAGAGAAAGCACUCUGGAGCAUACAACAUAUACAUUCUUCCACCUCACCAUACAGGAGUUCAUGGCUGCCUGCUCCUUCUACCUCAGUCCAUCAGAGGGUGUGGAGGACAUGCUUGUGAAGCUGGACUCUUGUAAAGAUGGCCGGUUUGAGAUUCUCACUCGAUUCCUGGCAGGACUGGCCAGGCCUUCUGUGUUUGAAACAAUGAAAGGAGUCUUGGGGGAGUUUGAGAGGAAGACAGGAAAGCAGAUCCUGCAGUGGGUGAAACAGAAAGCUGAACAGGUGUUACAUGGAGAAGAUAAAAGUGAAGCUCUGCAAGUGUGUCAGUGGCUCUAUGAGACUCGGAAUAACAGAUUAAUCAGAGACGCCAUUGGGAAGGACUUAAAGAUGGACUUUAGUAGGACAACUUUAUCUCCUUUGGAGUGUGCUGUGCUGGGCUCUGUCAUCAGCUGCUGUGGAGAACUUAAGGAGCUCGACCUAUCAGACACAGAGCUCACCCCAGAAUGCAUCAGGAGGCUGGCGCCGGGGCUCAUCUGCUGUAGACGUGUUGACCUUUCCUUAUGUCAUCUCACCUCCAGAUGUUGCUCACUGAGCAGCAACAACAUGGAGGAUUCAGGAGUGGAUGAGCUGUGUGGAAGACUGAGGAGUGAAAACUGCAAAUUAGAAAAACUGAGCCUGUCCUCAUGUGAUCUCUCGUCCAGAUGUUGCUCAGCUCUCUCUUUAGCUCUUUCUUCUCCACACUUACAGCUGACCAAGCUGGACCUGAGCAAAAACAACAUGGGGGAUUUAGGAGUGGCUCAGCUGUGUGAGGGGCUAAGGAGUGAAAACUGCAAAUUAAAGAAGCUGAACCUGUCUGGUUGUCAUCUCACCUCUGGAAGCUGCUCAACUCUCUCUUUGGCUCUUUCUUCUCCACACUCACGACUGACUGAACUGGACCUGAGCUGGAACAACAACAUGGGGGAUUCAGGAGUGGAUCAGCUGUGUGAGGGGCUGAGGAGUGAAAACUGCAAAUUAAAAAUACUGAGGCUGGUUUCAUGUUGCCUUACCUCCACAUGCUGCUCAGCUGUCUCAUCAUUCCUCUCUUCUCCACACUCACAACUGAUUGAACUGAAACUGAAUUACAACAAAUUGGGAAACUCAGGAGCUCAUCAGCUGUAUGAGGGGUUGAGGAGCCCAAACUGUAAAUUACUGACACUGUGGCUGUAUGGUAAUGAGAUCAGUGAGAGUGAGAAGAACAACCUGAGGUCACUACAGCAGGAGUUGCAGAGGACUGGACAACAGGUGGAUAUUGACAUAUAAGAAGACCGGACAUGGUGAUCAAUGUUCCCCAGUGAUGGCGCACCCCAGUCCAAUCAUUGUAUAUUCUUCUCUUAAUUCUUUAAUAAUCUCCUUAGCUAUCCUUCACUUUAAAUAAACUCUUAAUAUCUUCUU